AUAACGCUCCCUAAAAUAAUUCUUCUGAGCACACCCUUCAGCCAGAACGCUUGGAAUGUGGUCGGAGAGGACAUACCAAACGCUACUGAGUUUGAGGGAGACCUAAUUUAGUCAAUGACGUCCUUAAACUGCACCCAGUGCCAACAAGCACCUCCAUACAGCGGAUACGUACUGGUCAGAGUGUGCUGUCUGGUGAGCCUGAGAUCUCGUCAAUUAGAGCGAGGGCUUUGUUUAUCUGUUUACCACCAUUACGUCAUUACUUCUCCUGGAGGACAUGGGCGAGUCUAUCAGAUACACGGCUUGUUUCCUGUUCCGUGUGCUUUGUGUCCUGUUCCAGAGAGCGCUGUCCACAACUGGUGUCCCGAAGGGUUCCACCACGAGGAGUAUCCAGGCCAGACAGGCUAAUAUCAACGUUGCUGCCCUGUUACCCGGGGCCGCCCCUCCCCGCGCACGGUCCCCACAGCCAGGACGCACCGCGCAGGCACCACGACCACAGCCGGAUGCGCCACGACCAAAGCCGGAUGCGCCACGACCAAAGCCGGAUGCAAGGUUCGACAGUAAAAAACCUGCUGAUCCAGAGCGCGCGGGGCCAAAAGUAGACCUCGAAGAAUUACGCAACGUUAGACAAGACCUGAAGUUUGCACCUAUGCCUAAAGGCAAAUCCUACGCAGAGUUAGAGCACAAGUUAGGUAAGAAUCUAGAGGUUCAGCUCACGAGUGACAAUGGAGAUACGGGUGGUUUCAGAUGUAGACAUUAGGGUGCCCGUUGUGGAUGGCACGUUCGGAAGACUGGGCAUCACGCAUGGGUGGACGGCGCUGAGACUGUGUCCUUAAUUACGUCACGUCGAGGCUGAACUCCAAUACUAGAAUGACAUGACCUACAACUCCAGGCUUGUGGUUGGGUGAAAGAAAACCUCGCUGUAAAUCAUCUCCGAGCAGACGAUGUGAUGUCAUCAAUGCCACAAUUCCUUAUUUUUCACAAUGAUUUAUGAUUUUUCACAACUUGCCAUAUUGAUUUGAUUUUAAAAAAAUGAAUUAAUGGUGACAUCCGCGCAUGUGUCAAUCAACUUUCGACCGUUUCCAAAAACAAGAGAACUUUUUGGCUACAACUGUAAAUCGUACAAAGCAGCUGCAAAAUGAGCACAUACAUGCCCUAAAUUGCAAAGGAAAUAUAAAACGCCUACUGAUGUUGAAGUCCAAAGUCAGUCCCACGUCCAAGAAUAAAAUGUGAAGGAACAAAGAUGAAAAAUCUAUAUUGUUUAAGAUACCAUUGUCUGCUCUGUCAUUUGUUCAACUUACAUCUCAUAAUGAAGGCAAGUUUUUUAUUCGUACUCUCGCACACGUUUUGGUAGCCUGGGUACAAUCCGAUUUCUACCGGGGCACCUUACACUCGCAACCCUAGGGCUAACGUUUUGGAGUCUCCAGAGGAUGUCAUCCAUAUAAUCAAAUCAACAUGCCCUAAUGGUUUGUAUUGUUAGAUAUGAAUUACACAAUCUAGGAUAUCAUUGCAAAGUUUGAAGAAAUGCAAUCACCGCACCAACUCCGAACUUUGAGCACGCUUAAAGUAGCUUAAUCAUUGCGUAUCGGCACUAUUUAAGCACCUUUUAACGAUAGCUACGUCUUCUUAGAUACUAUAAUCACAUUACAUUUGAGUAGGUUCCGUGUAAAACGCACGUAGUGGCAUUCACUUCAGCAACAUUUAAGCACUGUAAAGUAUGCUUACGCCACCUUUAAGCACUGUCAAGUUUCCUUCAACAUAUCAUUUAAGUCAUCAUCAUUUUUAAAGGGUCAUUCAAGCUUCGUAAAUGUAUUGUAAAUAUUGAUAUUUAAGCUUGAUAUAAGCUCCCUUGUGCUCAAGGGUUUGUGUGCACUAUGUUCAUGUGUUUGUGAAGGUAUUUCUAAUGUCAUGUAAUUCAAGUACUCUAUUAGUGUUUUUUUUACGGCCAGCUGUUGUUGUGUUCCAAUCAUUGCACAUGAGCUAGUGCUGGGCAGUCAAAUAUGUUGUGUUUAAUCACGAACUUAUAUAUCUUAGCGAUAUGUAGUCACUCCCAGUACAGUAUUUGCAUUAACAACUGAGGAAAUGCUACAAUUGUCUCAUGAAGAGAAGCUUUGAUACUUGCAAAGUAUGUAGUUUAAAACGAGAUUAUGCAUAUUUAAAUUAUGCUAUUAAAAUCCUUCUUUGCACAGGGGUUAAAGUGAUGGGGACUUCAUAUUUGAGACAAGUUAUUCGAGCAAUCUAUCUGACCAGAUGAUGAUGCGAAUUUUUUUAGUAUUGAGUAUUUUCAGCUAUAUCAAUGAAAUCAGAUGGUUCCCAUAAUUGCAUUUACUAGACAGUAAUAAAACUAGUUUUACUAACUA